UCCAGGAGAACUGACUGCUGCUGCUGCUGCUGCACAGCUGCCACCCUCUAAGGGAAAAGGACUGAACUCUCUGGCACAACUGCAAUUGACACUGCAAGAAAAUGAGCAUCUCUCAGCCCAUCCGGCGAGGCAUCUCCUGCCCUCCACAGGACCCCAACUGCACCCGGAUUGUGGAGACACUCUUGGCUUGGAACAACUCCAUAGUCGGUGCUUACAGGUUGGUGGACUUGCCACCCUUGUCCGCCACGGAGGAAACAUUAUUGACUGCAGGUCCACGACUCUUCCCUACAGUUGAUGUUCCAGACCAUGCUCACUAUACCAUUGGAGCUGUGAUUCUUGCAGUGGGCAUCACAGGCAUUCUGGGAAAUUUACUUGUUAUAUAUGCAUUUAGCAGAUGUCGCAGUCUGCGCACACCAGCCAACAUGUUUAUCAUCAACCUGGCUAUCACUGACUUUCUAAUGUCUGUAACACAGGCCCCCAUAUUCUUCACAACAAGCCUAUAUAAGAGGUGGAUAUUUGGUGAGAAAGGUUGUGAGCUUUAUGCCUUCUGUGGUGCCCUCUUUGGAAUCUGCUCAAUGAUUACUCUGAUGGUGAUAGCAGUAGACCGUUACUUUGUCAUCACUAGGCCUCUGGCUUCAAUGGGUGUGAUGUCCCGCAAGCGUGCCCUGGUGAUCCUCUCAGGGGUGUGGCUCUACUCACUGGCCUGGAGCCUUCCACCAUUCUUUGGAUGGAGUGCCUAUGUGCCAGAAGGGCUCCUGACUUCCUGUACCUGGGAUUAUAUGACAUUUACCCCAGCAGUGCGUGCUUAUACAAUGCUGCUUUUUACCUUCAUUUUUUUCAUUCCUCUGCUUGUCAUUAUCUGCUGCUACUUUUUCAUCUUCCGUGCCAUCCGUUCAACCAACAGGGCUAUUAAAAAAAUCAGUUCUGAUGACAGCAGAGAAUCACUAAGGAAGUUCCAGAGAAUGAAGAAUGAAUGGAAAAUGGCAAAAAUCGCUCUUAUUGUCAUUCUCCUCUAUGUUAUUUCCUGGUCACCAUACUCCACAGUGGCCCUUACUGCCUUUGCUGGAUUUAUGAUUGAUGAUUUUGUAUGCAUGUGUUUCAGAUAUUCUGACUUGUUGACACCUUACAUGAAUUCUGUGCCUGCAGUGAUAGCAAAGGCUUCAGCCAUCCACAAUCCCAUUAUCUAUGCAAUAACACAUCCCAAAUACAGGAUGGCAAUCGCUAAGUAUUUCCCAUGCCUAGGGUUUCUGCUAAGGGUGUCCCGCAAAGACUCUCAAUUUGCCAGCAGCUUUGCAUCAACUCGUCGUUCAACUGUUACCAGUCAAACAUCCAGCUUCAGUUCAGCACACCACAGGGGACGCAAAAGUCGCCUUUCUUCUGCCUCAGACAGUGAGUCUGGCUGGACAGAUACGGAAGCAGAUUUUUCCAGCAUUAAUUCUCGUCCUGCUAGUCGUCAGGUCUCUUGUGAAAUUAGCAGGGAUACAGCUGAACUAACUGAGGUGAAACCCAAAACCAAACUGAAGAGUCACGAUUCUGGAAUUUUCGAGAAGGUAACGGCCACUGUAAGAACAGGGCUGUGCCAGCCGGAAAAUACCUCUUUUGAUACUGAUGAUAUUUUCAUGGUAGAAAUUAGUCAGCCAGAACAGAGCUACCCAUCUGCUACAGGUGAUAUCACAGAAGGAGCUGCAAUAAAGAAUAUUGUUCAACAAAUUCCCAGCAUUAUUAUCACCUCGGAGUCCACAUUAACCCUCCAACCUGCCCUUAGAGCCAGUAGUUACUCCUCCCAGGUGGGCAUUUCAUGUUCUGAAACAUCAAGGACCUUAGCCACAGUGGACAUCUCUGAGACUGUCAAGCAAGCAUAUCAUCCUUCGAGCACUGAGAUACUACACUAACACUUCCUAAUAGAAUAUAAAAGAAAAUGGACUGAAACAUGUUUUUGUAUGGUGAUAUAAAUUUAUAUAAUCUGAAGGGUAAUGUUCAUCUGUUUCCUGAGGUGUUGUGUACGCAUAUAUGCCAACUUCUAGUCUAACAAGUUUCUAUGCUUCACAUAAAGUUCACUCGCUAUUUAUAAUUUCAGAUGAUUAUUAUGCAAACCAUGUCAAUAACUGCAAUAGAAGAAACUCAGUCCUGUUGAUAUACCUCUGCAAAAAAUACCCAAAUCAUACAAUUAAACAAAAGUAUGAUGUGGCUUUCUGUAUUGAAAUGAAUGAGUGAGAGCUGUUUAAAAUUCACUGUUCAAUCAAGCUGCUCAUUGUCCAGAUGCAGCCAGUAUAAAAUUAGAAGAACCAUUAUAGAAAAAUAUGUCAGUGGUUUAGAAUCAAACCCUUAAAUUUGGAAAAAUUGUAGCUGAAAAGGAACAUAUUUAGAUGGAGUACCAUUUUUUGUUGUGGUAUGUGGACAUUCACUAUAAAAAGUCAUGAAAAACAUUAUUGUUAAAAAUCAUAACACAACUUGUAGUAACAACUGAACAUGUUGUGUCUAAACUUUUUUGGGUACAUCCUGUUCAAUUAAAUUUACCUUUUGAUUAAAACAUAACAUUUUCUUAAAACAGCUACUAAGUUAUCAUAACCAAGCUUUAUAAUAACAAGGUGUACUGAUCUGGAGUAAUCUAAGGCUGAGCAGAGACAAACUCAUGAAAUGACACGUAAAAUGAGUUAACUUGAGUUGAUCUAUAUUAUAGACAGAAUUCAGACAGAAUGCCAAGAUGUGGUGGACAAAACUGCAGAGCUGAGAUAAACGUUUAGAUUAGAUAAAAUGAAAUGGUCCAUAGACUAAUGUUAGUCAAAUCUAAUGUAAUUAUAAAAAAUAUAUUCAUCUGAAAAAAAUGGAUAAUCUGCAUUUGCCUCCUAUUGUUGUCCAUCUCAGACAUAUGACUUCACAUAGUUCAAUAUUUGUUUUAAUUACUUUCCUUAUCCCGUUUUCUUCUUCUUUUCACUAGACAGUCAAUCAUGUUAUGUUCUCAUGCUCUCUUGUUUGUUUUAGUCAAUCAUAUUCAAUCAGUUGAUUUCUAGCAGUAAAAGCUGAAAACAAUAGGACAUUAUUCCUUCAUAAGGAAUGGAAAAUGUUCACAUAUAGUAUAAAAUGAUUUGUUGACUCUGACUCAAAGCAAAAAAAAAUACUUGUUAGAUAAGAAAUAUCUUUAUGAACUAUAAAUAUGUCUGAGGUCACAUAACUAUAAUGUAUAUUUUGUUCAGUGUAAAUGUCUUAGUUCAGACCAACAUGCAUUGGACUACAAACUCACGACACUCUGGGGACUAAUCAUCCAAGUCAGAUUAGCAGGUUUAACUUUAACUACUAAUACCUCACAAUCACAACCUGAAUUGAUCCAGAGGGCAACACUAUUGUUCUUGAACUAUUAUCCCACAUAAGAUAGUAUAGUAAUUUAUUGAUAUUAAUGGCUUUAUUGAGUGAAAGAACUAGGAGCCAGUUUGAUAAUUCUGGUUUCUUACAUCGGAGAUGGUGAACAAUCCAUUAAAUGCAUUCACAAUCUGUGUGGUUACCUCUAAUCAGAAUAAUUAGUCAUGUAAUUAAACUGUUUCUAGAACAGAGACAUCAUCUUUCUAUGUGAUUUGCAUUCCCUGCUCAUCUCCUCCUAUUUACUUUUUCCUGUUUACUUUUAAGAAUCUGUAAUUUGCUUAUUGACAUUUUUUUCUUGUACAAAAUAUUAUUGUAUAAUUAUUUGUAUAUGAUGUGAUAUUGGCAGCUGUAUUUGUGUUUCCUUUUGUCAAAUAAAUAUUAUGUAUGGCACAGACACAAGUCCUGUGUCUUGUAAAUUA